UGUUUCGAUCUUUCAUAUAUAUUUUGUAAAAAAAUAUUUAAUAUUUAAGAAAAAUUUCUAACUUUUUGAUCGAAAUGGUUAGCAUAAAAGAUAAGGAAAUUAAUGAAAAAAUGUUAAAAUUAAUAGAUGACAUUCAUUACGGUGAUAUUAAAGGUAUAUAUAAUAUCGUAGUUGCUACUGUAGUAGCUUUAAAAGAAAUUAUAAAUAAUACAGAAUGGACUACUGCAGAAAAUUUGAUGAGUAUAAUUAGAACAAAUGGAAAAUAUUUAGUAGAAGCUAAUCCUCUUGAAUUUUCUAUUGGAAAUAUGGUUCGAAGAAUAUUACAAAUAAUUAGAGAAGAAUAUACUUCUGAAUUAAAAAAUAAAAAUGAUGAAACAGAUCCACAAGAAUCUUUACAUAAAAUUCUCACUGCUGAAGGUGAUCAACAAGUUGAUUUCAAUAUUUCUGUACCUUCUUUAAAAUCAGCUAUUAUAGAACACAUUAAUGAAUUUGAAGUUGAGUUGGAAACCUGUGCAGAAAAUAUUACACAGCAAGCUUCUGAACACAUUCAUUCUGAUGAAAUUAUUAUGACAAUCGGUACAUCAAAAUUAGUAGAAGAAUUUUUCAAAAGAGCUGCUGAAACAAGAGCUUUUGAAGUUGUAGUAGCUGAAGGGGGACCAUCAUUAAGUGGCCAUGAAAUGGCAGUAAAUCUUGCAAAAGCAAAAAUUAAAACUACUUUAAUAUCAGAUGUAGCAAUUUUUGCAAUGAUGUCACGUGUAAAUAAAGUAAUAAUUGCUACACAUACAGUUAUGGCAAAUGGAGGAUUGAGAGCGAUUUCAGGUUCACACACAGUUGCUCAAGCUGCAAAACAUUAUUCUGUCCCAGUAAUGGUUUUAUUACCAUUGUAUAAACUUUCUCCGCUGUACCUGUACUCUCAUGAACAAGAUGGUUUUAACAAACAUGUUUCACCAUUGGAAGGUGUAAUUGAUGAUGCAAAUGUAACUUUAUUAGAAAGAAUUCAUGUAUAUAACCCAGUUUUUGAUUAUGUGCCACCAGAAUUAGUUACAUUAUUUAUUUCAAACACGGGUGGAAAUGCACCAUCAUAUAUUUACAGAUUACUCAGUGAAUUGUAUCAUCCAGAUGAUUAUGAAUUAUAAUAGAUAAAUAUUAAAACAUA